AUGGUUCGACAACAACCCAAGCCCGGCUCAGACGACUCCGAGCUCCGGCUCUGGCUCGACGAGGUUGACAAGAGCAUGGACUUCCGCCCCGCCAGUGCUCUCGGCAUGUCGUGUGGAACCGUGACGAUCGAUCCAUGUCGGGCCAUGGUCCUGGUCAUCUGGAACAACCGGCUGAAACUCUACCAACUUCCCAAGGGCCGCCGAAACCUCGACGAGAGCAUGCUGGUGGCCGCGUUACGGGAAACAUACGAAGAGACGGGCCUGCACGUCACCCCGCUGCGGCUGGAUGUAGCUACGCGGGCGACGCCGGCCAAAACACAGGAUUCGGACACAUCCCAGAAGCCACCGAACAUCACCGAGGGCCACCCGAGCAACGAGUUUGUCGGCGCGUGCUUCUACCCAGACCCGCAGUCCGAGACGGAAGCGCUCAAGAUUGUCUACUACUUCGCCGCAACGGCCGACUGCACCGACUCGAGAGACUCGGGCACACAAGAAGAGUGGGAGAAGCUGGAUGCCAAGUGGAUUCCGUUGUCUGAAGUGCCGAGCACGCUGCGCUUUGCGGCUGAGGUCGACGUGGUGACAAAGACGGUGGCCGAUAUGAAGAGAUCGGGAUACGCAAUUGGGGCGUAA